GGCAUCACGUGGCCCCUAGCAGGAUAAUGGCGGGCGGAGGGGAAGACUCACGAGCUCUCUUCCGGGCUGGGGUCCGAGCGGCUCUACAAGGUUGGCCAGCCUUGCAGAUUGCUGUGGAGAAUGGCUUCGGGGGCAUACACAGCCAGGAGAAGGCCGAGUGGCUGGGAGGUGCUGUGGAGGAGUACUUCCUCCGCAAUGCUGACUUGGAACUAGAUGAGGUGGAAGACUUCCUUGGUGAACUCAUGACCAAUGAGUUUGAUACAGUUGUGGAGGAUGGAAGUUUGCCCCAGGUGAGCCAGCAGCUGCAGACCAUGUUCCAUCACUUCCAGAGGGGUGAUGAGGCUGCACUGAGGGAGAUGGCCUCUCACAUUGCCCAAAGAAUGUACAGAGUCAGAGCCACCAUGGUUACAACAGCUAGGGAAGCCGAUGAGGAUGAAGACGACGUGGACAGUAUGGAAGAAAUGGAGGUUACAGCUAUGAAUGAUGGGACAGCAACAGAUGGGGUCUGCCCCCAACCUGAACCCUCUAAUCCAGACUCCCAGACCAUUAAGGAAGAAGAUAUAGUAGAAGAUGGCUGGACCAUUGUCCGUAGAAAGAAAUGAGUGCACUGGAAAUGGUUUGGGUUCUUACUUGCUUCUGGGUUUGCAACCAUUUUAGGUGACCUGUUUGUUUAUUUUUUUGAGGGUUGUGAACCUUUGGACUGAUUAUCUCAUCCUCACUUUUUCCCCAUUUUUUUAACCAGCCCCCUUUUGGGGAAGAAGAGACCUAGGGUCCUUGGUCUCAGGGUGAUGGGACCCGAUUCACCAAAGUUACUAGGUAAUGAGGCCUGGUUUCUGAGCACAGGAUCUCUCAGUAUCUGUGUUCUCCGUGUGAAGAGAUAUAGAUAAGGUUGGUAAGGCUCAAAGAGAAGCUCAGUGCCCACUGACAUUGAGGAGGUGGCUUUGUAAAGGGAGAGGACCAGCAGGAGAAUCAUUACUCCUUAUAGAUCACUAGUGUUCAAAUUAACUUGUUGACUGAAGAGAGAUUAGUUGAAGGUGUGAAUGGAAGUAGUUGUGGAACUCUUCCUUCCACCCAGCAUUUCUAUGGCCCUGCCCAGAAUUUGAACCUUGUAGCCCAGCUUCCGGUCCUGGAUUCCUUUGGAAAGUCUUAAGACCUUGGGUAGAUGUUCAGCUUGGGAUAUUGGGCUUUACUUUCUGUCUCCUCCAGUCUCUUUCUAAUCUCUUCAUCUCAUCCCAUCCAAGUACAGGGGUGAAACUUAAGACCUCAAUAAAUAAUACUGUAUUCAA